CCCCCUCCCCUCUUCCCGCUUUGUCAGUUUUUUAUAUUUAUAUUGAAAAGCAGAGCAAAAGAUUAGCUCAUUCAGAGUCACUGCUGACUGCUUACAAAACUCUCAAACGAAGUGCACAGUCAAACCCUGCCUUUUUAAAAACCCUUCACAUAACUCUCCCAAAGCAUAUCCAAUUCUCUCUCUCUCUGUUUCUAUCUCUGUCUCAACCAUGGAAGCUCUGUACUUACUCAAGUUAUGGAGACCUACCACCAGCUCCCACAAAGAGAACUGCCAAAUUUCUAAUCAUCUGGUGGGAACAGAGGAUGAUGAGUAUGAUGAGUAUGAUGAAGGAGAUGAUUCGUUUUUUGAAUUAGAGUUCAGUGCUCCUGAUUUUGACACCACCAUUACCAACAACAAGACAACCACCACGGCUGGCAACGACGGCGACAACAACAACGGCCCAGGAAGUGAAACCCAUGAAAGAGACGAGAGGUUUGACUCUAACCAAGAACCACUCGAUAAUUCAGCCAUUAAAACUGAGUUUCCACAGCAGACCCUGUCCGUGUCUCCGACUGAAACAAUUUCCAAAAGAAAAAUCCUCCCCAUUGAACCCAUUAACAAGACCCAAUCUUCUUCCAUUUCGUUGUUGAAAUCAGCUCCUAAGCUACGAGUCUUCAUGUUCAAGAAUCCCAAGAUGGCCUCACUCAAAACGGAGAGAACAGGGAAAACAGAGAGGACUACAAAGCAACAGAACAAGCUUUUUGCGGUCAAGUUCAAGUUUGAAGAAUCUCCAAAUCAAUCAGUCUCAACCACAUCAAAUACUUCUAAGAGGCGAAACCCAGUUAAAGGUGGCUCAUUGCCCGAUGAAUCUUCGAAGAGCUUCUCGAAAGAUGUUAUGCAGAGGUACUUAAAGCUAAUCAAGCCUUUAUAUGUCAAAAUUUCGAAGAGAAACGGCGAGAAGACGAAGUCCUCCGGUGAUUCAUCGGUGACGUCAUCACCUGCAUCUUCUCCAGCGACGGCUCCGUUGUGUUCUCCGAGGAACGAGAGGCAGGGGAAUGUGGCAUCUGGGUUUGGAACGGUAUCAAAGCAUUUUGGGAAAAGUAAAUCGGCUUCUGCGGCUACUUAUGCGCCGCCGUCGCCGGCGAGCAGGAGAGAUGAUUCGCUGCUGCUACAGCAUGACGGGAUUCAAGGUGCAAUCAUGCACUGCAAGAGAUCGUUCAACUCCACUAGAGAUUCUUCACUGUUAUCGCGGUUCACAAGUGAUCCGUUGCCAGGAGAUUCUAUGGAUUGGCCAAGAAAAUCCAAUGAAGAGAAUUGACAUCCUGAUCUAAAGCUUCGUAUAGUUUGGUUUUGCUGUAAGGGAAAGAAAAUUGAAUAGUAGAAAGGAAAAAAGGAAAAAAGCCUUUUGGUUUCGUUGAAAGGAAAAUAGAAAAUCAAUGGGUGAAUCUGAGUCUGAGUCAAUUUUAGUAUUUUGUGAUGUUGUAGCCUGUAGGGAUAGGCUUCAGGUAUGAUGGGUCGGUGACGACAAGUGACAACAGGGUUGUCUGUAAAGUGAAAUGGGUAAAUAUGAAAAGAUUAUUGAUUUUAGAUCUUUUAUGAUCUUCGUUGUCAUCAUCUUACGUUUGAAAACAUGACUUCUUAGCUGUUCUGUUCAGUCAGGUUGUAUCAUGUCUGUCAUUGUAAAUUUUAAUCACCAUUACCAUUUCUCUCUGUCCUCUUGGGCUUUUAAU